ACUCGUAGCAAAAUAAUUUUCACUUAAAAAAAAAGAACAAACGUCCCAAGUAUCGUUUUUCCAUAUUUGAUUACAGCCUCAACUCAACCGUGUCUGAAGUCACUUCAAUGGCGGAUAGGGAACCAAAGCCUAAAGACUCGCCUUCAGUUUGGUAUCACACUACCACAAAAAUGAUCUUGAACGACGCUGAUUCAAAGAUGGUUCUUCCAAAACCAAUGUCAUCCAAAACGCAGUGGCAUUUUUGUAAAUCAUUGCAAGUGUUCAAUAGCGAUUUUCAAAAAACCGUCUUUGAACGCAAGUGUUCAACAACGGUUUAGACUUUAGAACCGUCUUUGGAAAGUGCUCCUUUUUCAUCUCUGGCGCUCUCUCUCUCACACUGACCCUCACCUUCUCAUUCCCACCAUAACCACAAGCAAAACCAGUGCCGCUCACUACUAACCAACAACGCACACCCAACCUCGUCCCAAACCAACUCCACCACAACGCUCACAGCCCCCGAGAAGCCGCAGAUCUGGGCAAAGAAGUCGUAGAUCUGGUCACCAACGUCGCAGAUCCGGCCUCCAAAGUUGCGGAUUUGGCUACUAAAGCUCCCUCCGUACCUGACUCCUCUCCAGCUCCACCAGUCUGCCAUCGCCCUCUCCUCUGACAUCCUUGCCACCGGGAAAACCAUGGUCAGGUCCCUCCAUUGCCGGUGCCUCUUCGCACCUUUCUCUCGAGUGUCAAGACGAGCCACGAGCCACGUUAAGCUAGUGACUAAAGCUUUGCAAAAGAUGAAGGGAAAGAUUCCAGAGAUUGUGGGCUCUCACAUCUUAUCUCGGGUUCUUCAGACUUGUGUCAAGCAUUGUUCACAAGCUGAAAGAGAUGCAGUAUUUGAAGAGCUUUGGCCACAUUUUCUAACUCUAGCAUACAACGCUUAUCCUGUUCACUCAGUGAAGAAGAUGCUCAACAACACUUCCCAGAAACAACUAGCAGGCUUUAUCUCCACUCUCCGUGGUCAUGUUGCUCCCCUUCUUCGCCAUAUGGUUGGGUUGGUUUUUAUUUAGAUUAGGCUUGGGCAGUAUGUUGCUUGUGGUUGUUCACGGUUUACUUCAGAUAUGUUUCAAAGAUUUUAAUGACUCACUAAAGGAAAGCUUGCCACUUUUUCUUUUUACGUAUCUAGCUGCUUAUUGACAUUAAGCUUAUUUUGGAUCUAGAUUGUUUAGGGUUUGAGAUGGACUAUAACAAGGAAGAGGGGAGGGGGGGCGGGGGUGUCCAAUAGUAGUUUUCUUCUCACUGAAUUUCUGCUGAUUUUCAUGCUCUGAUAUGAAAUUGUUCAGUGUUAAAAAUUUGAAUGUUCAGCUUUUAGCCAAAGUUGUCAACUUCCCUAAUAAGUUUUGUGUAUCUACAUAUUAUGCAGUUCUUGAGCAUGCUUAUGAGUUAGCAAAUACUGCACAGAAGCAAGAACUGCUUUCGGAAUUAUACUCUACGUUAUUGCUAUUGCAAGUGAUAUAUAUAUAAAUUAAUUAAUUAGUGUGGUAUUAACUUCCUAUGAUGGACUAAUGCCUUAAGGUAUUUGAUUUGCUUUUGGAUGAUGGAUUGGGCCAUUUAAUAAAAUCCCGAGAGACAGGGAAUAUCCCAUGCUUUGAUUUGCAUUCCUCAAUAAUUGAUUUUAACUCUUGGACAUCUGUUAUAUCUUCCUCAAUCAAAUGCAAUAUUAUAUAUUAAUUAGAUAUGAUUAAAUUAGAUGCUCGUAAAAGCUUCAAACCUAAACUAUAAACUGACUAGUUAGUAAACCUUGACUCCGAGAAUCUAUAUAUAGCCAAAGUUAGAGACACAUUAGCAAUAGCACUGUAGCAAAAGUUAGAAAUAAAAACACAUACAUACACAUAGAAAAAGACAGACAGAAUGAGGAGCAAUCAUGUGCGUUUGAACUGGGGCAUUACAAUGCCUCUUAUUGGAUUAGGCACUUAUUCCUUCCCAAAUGAUAGGAAGACAACAGAACUUGCCGUCAACAAUGCCCUUGAGGUAUAUAUAUAUAGUGCCUUAUAAUAUAUACUCAUUUUCUGUCCCCUAUUUCAUAAUUUAUUUCAAGGGUACAAGCUUGGUUUUGUUGAGUAUGAAGUGACUGUUUAUCUACAAUUCAUUUUCUCCCUUGUAUUUUACUCUUAACAACAUAAUAAUUAGAAAUCUGAUAUCUUCUCUAUGCAUGGGAAUUUUGUAUUCUAAUAAUGAUUCUAAACUAAGGUGAUUUGUAAUUUUCAAUCUCUAGGUAUUCUGAUCAUUCCCCAGGUAAUGCUUUAAUCAAUUGACAUUUGGCAGGGUAUUCUGAUGAUUUGACCCUAGUGGAGCAUUGAUUUUUUUUUCUUUAAAUAGUUUUAAUUUAUGUAUUUGAUAAAAUAACUUCAUGUCAGACCAAUGGUUCAGCAAGAGUUAGAAUGGGUGCCACAGAUGUCAUUGCCAGCGUUAAGGUGGUUAAAAAUUAAAAUGUUUGGAUUGAUUUCUUAUUUCUUGACUUGUAAUAUCCUUUUGUUUAAUACUAUAACAAACAAUUCUUUUAAAUAUAUUGUUUUACUAACCAUGAUAUGUUUGUUGGCUACACAAGUGCAGGCUGAACUUGGAAAGCCAAGCUUGUUGCAACCUCACAAAGGAAAAGUCUUUAUAUAUAUUGAUUGCAGUUCAACAACAGAGCCAGCUUUUGAGGAAUAUUCUAUUGUUUUUCUUCAUUCUAUUUGUUUAAUGAAGUCAUCCAUGUAUUUUGGUUUUCUUCAUGUUAUUAACUUCAACUCUUUUAAGUACAAUGAACAUUGAUAGCAAAACAAAUAAGUAAAUCCUUAAAAGCUUUAAAUGUAAGUUAAAUGGUGGGUGCAUUGGAUUAAUAAGCUUUAGGUUUUCAUCAAUGAUAGUGUUUACUAUUAUUGUUGUGUUAUUUAUCAUUUUUGUUCUGUAAAUACCUUUUAAUGCUUCAAAAUUAAUAUUUUAUUUUGUGCUCUAAAUCUCUGGCUUGUAUAUAGGGUAGAGGGGGUGAUGAGUUGAGAGCAAAACUGUCAAAUGCUCUUCAAUGCUGUCUCUUGGGUGGUAAAAGUGGAGCUGGCCUAUUUUCCCCCUAUAGUGAAGAUUAUGCUUUCCCUUCCAUGUUGCGUCUUUUUAAUCUCUAAAUAUUUAACUCUUAGCUCUUUUUUUUCCCCUUCAGGUGCUGGAAUUGAUCUCUUGUCGCUUAUUGUUGUCGAAGGAAAAAUUUGUUGGGAUCUUUACAUAGAUGGCUUGUUGUUAGUUCAGAUGGAAAUUUGUUUUUGUUUAUUAUAUGACAUGUGUUGUCUAUUCAUUCAUUAGCUUUAGGAUUUGAAGUUUGCUGAAUUGAUGGUGGUGUGAAACUGGAUGUAAGGUCACAAGUUUGUACCAAAUAAAAUUGAAUUGAUAUUUGAUUUCCA